UUCGCAUCUUGGAUCACGCGUUUAUCAUGCUUUUCCUGUGGAGACUUCGUGUAUAAGCUAUUACAUUUUUGCGUAAUACACGUGAACAGUGCGCGAAGAAUAUAUGCGAGCCAGCAAUCUCGGGAAGUCCUUGACCCUUUUCUUCGCGAUUUUACUUUUACUUAACGUACCUCGCGUGCAUGCCCUAGUCCCCACUUCCGCAAACUCCUUUCGCUCGUUCCUAACACUCAUCUCGGUGAGUCGAGAUAGACCGUUUCACGGAGGACCAUGGUUCGCGGCAGAACGAAAGAACGUAUCUUCUGUUUAUUAUCGAGAACACUCAUCGUGCGAAUAUUUUUACGGCGGACUCCAGAGUUUCUUUCAUCACGAACGUUCGAACCGCGAUUUGAAAGAGUGGUGUAAAAUUAAACGUCUCGAUUUAUUAUCGCAAAUGUUUGCGGUAACAAGCACGGAGAAGCUCGGGAUCAACGAUGAGCGUUUUAAAUCUGCAGUAACGAUCUCUAAGGCUAAGAAUGGCAAAUGCAGGAAAGAUUAUUGUUGCGGUGACGAAAACGAUCCCAAAACAUUGCAUCUCGUGCGAGUUAAAGGAUUUCCGCAGCUAUUGCCCGAAGGCAUCCUCGCUUUGAACAACUAUUGUCGAUGGCUUCGUGAAUUAUCUUUAUCGUAUGCCUUGCUGAGCGAUGAGCUGCUCUUAGCAUUAUGUUCGGUAAAGCAAAUCCACUUGGAAACUCUGCGAGUAGAAGCAUACCCAGAAGCGAAGCCUCUUUCACUUGUUAGCGACAAAACGUGGUCCACUUUUUCGAAUCAUUUUCCCGACAUAAAUCUUGCGCUACUAUCUUACAUGACCGAUGACGAUAAUAAAAAAUUACUUUUCACAUCGCACAUCCCCGUAACGCACUUGUAUCUCGAUGACGCAACAUCCGAGUCGAUGUCACGCAUAAGCAAGCAAUGUCCACGAUUGAUAGAAUUAGUUAUCGCCACGUAUGAAUCCGGUCCGAUCGAUCGAUUCCUGAUUUCCAUGGCCAAGAGUUGCUCGCACCUUAGUGCUGUCAGUUUGGGCGAUUGUGAAAUCACUUGUUCCGGAUUAGCGAAAUUCGUUGCGUUGUGCGCACAUCGUCUGCAGGUAUUGUACGUUUCGGAAACAUCACUGAUAGAAGAUGCGGACUUCGAUAUCGCUAAAGUGUCGACGAACUUAUCCUCGCUCCUUGGUCGGACGUGGGUACCAGAAUAUGUACCAUUGUGGUAAUCUCCUGGGAAGUGAAAAAGAGGUUUCAACAAAAUUUACAGCCGUAACAGGAUACAUAACGAAAUAAAAUAUUCACGACGUACUUUUCUAUUUUUUCAUAAAUUACAUAACUUACAAAGAUUUUGCAAUGUCGAACAAAAAAUUCAACAUAUUCACUUUUAUGUUU